AGUUUCUGUUCAAUCAGCAGCUCGACACUCCACCAAUCCCUCCAAGAUGUUCUCCAAGUUUCUCGCCCUCUGCCUGUUCGCUCUGGUGGCCGUGGCCUGCGCCAAGCCGCAGUUCCUGACCGCCUACAGCGCCGCCGCCCCCGUCGUGGCCGCCUCCCCCUACGCCGCCUACACCGGCGGCCUCUACGCCUCCCCCUACUCGGCCGCCUACACCAGCGGCGUCUACGCCUCCCCCUACGCCUACAGCGCCGCCUACCCCUACAGCUCCCUCUACCUGCGGCGCUAAUUCCGCCCACGGAUCCGUAGGGCGAGGGCCCACUGUACCCG